CCGGGGCGGUCCCUUCCGGGGGGCGGAGCCUAUAAGUGUUGCUGCGGCCAACGGCGGCGCGGCAUUUUCCGCGGGAGAUCCGAAUUUCGCGGCACGCCGUUUGGCGCUAAAAAAAAAAAAAAGAAGAAAAAAAAAAAGUGGCGGAGAAAGACGCGGGUGCUGCACAGCGAGGCCGGUGCAAUCGGUCCCCUCCCCGUCCGAGCGUCCGAACGACCGAGCGCAUCGCCGCUCCGUGGAGCCGGAGACCCCUCCCCGGAGGCAGCGGACCCCGGGCGCCGAGGCCCCCGGGGCGUGGGGACGAGCCGGUCGCGGCCGUCCUCGGGGCGGGGCAGCCCCUGGCGGUGCGGUCUCCGCGCCGGGAUCCCUGGGCGCUGCUGCUCCCCGGGCCGCGGGCCAGGAGGGGAGGGUCCGGCCUCGCCCCGCGGGCGUCCCUUGGCGGCUGCCCCCGGCCCCGCUCCAUGCCCCGGGCCGGCUGAGCCGCCGCAGGCUCCCGAGCGCGCCGGUGCCCGCGGGCGCGCCUGGGCAGGGGGCUCGGCGCUGGCCAUGCUGCGAGGGCCCCGGGCGCCGGCCCCGGCCGCCGCGCUGCCCCUCCAGGGGCUGCCGGCCCUGAGCCCCACGGAGCUGUGGCCGCCCGGCCUGGGCAGCCCGCAGCUCUGCCCGCUCACCGCCACCUACUACACCACCUCGCUGUACGCGCAGACGGCGCCCCCCGCCGCGGUGCCCGGCACCUGCCUGGACGCCACCCCCCACGGACCCGAGGGCCCAGCUGUGCGAUGCGUGCCGGCCGGCCGGCUGCCGGCCAAAAGGAAGCUGGACCUGGAGGGCAUCGGGCGGCCCGCGGUCCUGGAGCUCCAGACCCCCAAGGGGAAGCUCAUUAGAGUGGAUGGCCUCCCCAGCCCGAAAACACCCAAGUCCCCCGGGGAGAAGACUCGGUACGACACAUCGCUGGGGCUGCUCACCAAGAAGUUCAUUUACCUCCUGAGCGAGUCCAAGGACGGGGUCCUGGACCUGAACUGGGCUGCGGAGGUGCUGGACGUGCAGAAGCGGCGCAUCUAUGACAUCACCAACGUGCUGGAGGGCAUCCAGCUGAUUCGCAAGAAGGCCAAGAACAACAUCCAGUGGGUAGGCAAAGGAGCUCUGGGAGACCCCACCCGGCCUGGGAAGCAGCAGCAGCUGGGACAGGAGCUGAAGGAGCUGAUGAGCACGGAGCAGGCCCUGGACCAGCUCAUCCAGAGCUGCUCUCUGAACUUCAAGCACCUGACCGAGGACAAGGCCAACAAGAAACUGGCCUACGUGACCUACCAGGACAUCCGUGCUAUCGACACCUUCAGGGAGCAGACUGUGAUCGCGGUCAAGGCCCCUCCGCAGACAAGACUGGAAGUGCCCGACCGGAAUGAGGAGAACCUGCAGAUCUAUCUGAAGAGCACGCAGGGGCCCAUCGAAGUCUACUUGUGCCCGGAGGAGAUGCAGGAACCAGAGAGCCCCGCCAAGGAGCCUGUCUCCUCCACGUCCACCCUCAACCCCACUCCUGACUCCGCCCAGCCCUGCAGCAGCACCAGCCCUGGCGCCCUGGCACCCACGGCAUCCCCAGCGCCAUCGCUGACUUCCCAGCAGGUCCCGCCUCUGCCGCCACCACCCCUUGUCCCCCUGGAGGCCACAGACAGCAUGCUGGAGCUGCCACACCCCCUUCUGCAGCAGACCGAGGACCAGCUCCUGUGCCCAGCCCUGGCCGACAGCUCCCCCCUGAUCAGCUUCUCCCCGCCCUUGGACCAAGAUGACUACCUGUGGGGCCUGGACGGCGGGGAGGGCAUCAGCGACCUGUUUGACUCCUAUGACUUCGGGGACCUGCUGAUUAACUGAGUGGCCCUGCCCGCCCCCCGCAGCUCCGCCACGGGCAGACAGAUGGGGACACUGGGCACAGAUGCCACCCUCAGGGCAUGGGGGUCUCCUCUCCCUCCUGCCCCCGUGUCCUACCGGCCGAAGCUGUCCGGGGGCCUGUGGAGGGUACGGGUGAGGAUCGUGUCAGGGGUUGGGUCCUGUCCUUCCCAGCGGAAGCUGGGCCUCGGAAGGCCCGUUCAGUCUUCUGACCUCUGACCUCUAAUGUGAAGGGGCCACGGAUGAGGUGACCAGGUCCAGGGAAAGGCCUUCUGAGGGGGGAUGAGGACCCCCCGAUGGCCGCAGAGCACUUACUGCCUUUGUAUUUAUUUCAGGUUGAGUGUUGUUUGUGUGUCUUCCUCCAGUGUUGGCAGGGCCAUCGCUCUGGUCCCUGUAAGACCUCAGACAGGCUGCACUGUCCGCCCUGCAGGGGCUUCUGGCUUCCAGGGACCCCGGCCAGCUCCCCGGCCCCCCACCCCCGCCCCGCCUCCCCGCCUCGAGGUGGCGGGGCCUCUGAGCGCCUGUCCAGGCUUCUGGACGGCACUGCACUUCGGCUCCUAAUUCUAGAUGGUUCCAGAGAAGGUCCCAGCACAGGUGGCACCGGAGCUCCUGAGGAAACAGGAAUAGCCAGUUGGGGAGCCUCCCUCCCUGUGGGAUUCCCUGUUUCCCUGCCUCAGAAUGUAACAGUGGCCCCAGGGAGACCGGGGUGCUCCUGAGGGAGAGGGACAGAGUGGAGGCAGCCGCUGUGGCUGCUGCAGGCCCUCCCCUGCGUUUCGGCCUCCCGCUGGGACUGUUAACGGAGGACCAGGGAGGCAGAGGCCGCAGGUGGAGGAGAAGGGUGAGAUUAAGACAGGGAGCCGCCAGCACAGUCCCCUCUGUAGCUGCAGGUAUCCCUCUCCCCUUCCCUGGAAGGAUCUUGUUUUUGUUUUGUUUGUUUGUUUUUGUUUUUGAAUAUAUCUUUAA